ACUGGCUGCUAAUGUUGAUUCAUUCUGCUGGAAAAUUCCUAGGCUAUUACUCGUGUGAGUGAGAAUUUCUUUCUGAUUUUCCAUCUAAGGCACAUAGAAAUAAUAUUAAAAAGAAGGCUGUGCAUUUUGAUUUACUGUACUUCUCAGCAUUUAGGCUGCUGUUUCACGGCCCAGUAUCUACCAGUAGGAGGCGUUAUCUGAACACUGUUGGGAAACAUGCAUUCCUAGUGAAUGACAUUGUUUUUUUAUCUGGCUGAAUUCAGCCUGAGACUUGAGGACAUUACUUCUAAUGAAAGAAGAACUCCACCCUCGUCGACUGCCACAGCCACUGCCACAGCCCCAGUCACAGCUGCUGUUUCAAAGGCAAAGGCAAAGCAUUUUCCCUCUCUGUGCAUCUCCAACAUGGAUGCUUUUCAGCCCAUUGUAAAAUUCUUUCUUAACCAGAAAACUGCUAUUGGCUACAGUUUCAUGGCUCUGCUGACUUUGGGAAGUGAGCGUCUCUUCUCACUUGUGGCUUUUAAGUGUCCCUGCAGCAGUGAGAAUAUGGCCUAUGGGCUGGUGUUCCUUUUCGCUCCUGCCUGGGUGUUACUGAUCCUAGGAUUCUUUCUUAACAACCAGGCAUGGAAGCUUUUCACAGGCUGCUGUGCAAAUCCCAGGAAAAUCUUCCCCAGGGGCCACAGUGGCCAUUUCUUCUUUGUGCUUGGCCAGAUCACACUGAGCUCAUUGGUGGCUCCAGUAAUGUGGCUUUCUGUGACUUUGCUUAACGGAACUUUUUAUGAAUGUGCCAUGAGUGGGACAAAAAGCUCAAAAAUCCUGGAUCUGAUUUGCAAGGGCAGGCCCAAAGAGUGCUGGGAAGAACUUCACAAAGUCUCUUGUGGCAAAACCAGCAUGCUCCCCGCGGACAAUGAAGAAGUGAGAUUGUCCCUGCAAGCCCAGUCUCAGAUUCUAGGAUGGUUCCUGAUUUGUUCAGCAUCCUUCUUUUCUCUGCUCACCACUUGCUAUGCUCGCUGCCGAUCUAAAGUCAGCUAUCUGCAGCUGGAUUUUUGGAAGACAUAUACACAGAAGGAAAAGGAGCAUUUGGAAAAUACAUUUGUGGAUUAUGCCAACAAGCUGAGUGAGAGGAACCUGAAAUGCUUUUUUGAAAACAAGAGGCCAGAUGUCUUUCCCAUGCCCACCUUUGCUGCUUGGGAGGCUGCUUCAGAGCUGCAUUCUUUCCAGCCAAGCCAGCAACAUUACAGCACCCUCCACAGGGUGGUGGAUGAUGGGCUGGAACCCUGCCCACAGGACGCCGAGACCAUGAUGAUUCUUGUGGGCACUGCCCAGGAUCUGUAGUUCAUCUGCCAUCACUGGCUCACAGUGCUCAGCAAUGCAUCCAUUCUGAGAGCCUCCUGCCGAACCCACAGCGGCCUUGUAUCUUUGUAUCUUCUCAUAGUUAGAACUUUUUUACUGAACUGGGACAAAAGGGAAACUUCUUUGAAGUUCUCAAGUGCAAUAAAUGUCAGGACAAGCUCAAAUUGAUGCGGAUGAUGACCUUGCACGGAUGGAGGAUUGGGUUUAGGAGGUCCAAACAUUGCUCCAAGUUCUAAGAUUUUAUGAUUCAGCAAAUAGCUUUAUGCAAGAGGCUCCACCACUCUGUGUAAAUAUGAGUCAUGGUAUCUGGGGGCUGAAGCAGUGGCUUCUGAGGGAGUGAGAUACUCUGAAUGCAAAUUGCUGAAUCCAGUGGCAGCCAAGGCAUUGUCAGAAGGAGUCCUUGCUGUGUAAAUCUAGCCCAAUCUAACCUAUGCCUUUCAAGGUGUAUGAAAUUCUCCCAUUUGAAAUUCUUUCCCUCAGAAUCAAAAGACCUCAGUUCUCACAAAUGGCCAAUUACAAGAACAUGAAGUCUGAAAUUCAGAGAUUUCUACAUGUUUCCAGCGUAUGCUGAAAGUAUGUCACUGAAGGUGGGCUGCUUCAUAAGGCUGUAGGCCCUGGGCACUUUCUCAUUCACAGACCAGUUUUUACACACGUAUGUGACUGUCUUGAUACAAAUACAAAUAUAUAUAUUUGAACACUUUACUCAACCUAAAAUUUCAUUUAUUGUAUCCCAAAUUUAAAAUUCAAAGCACUCUCAUGGGCCUUUACGUGGCAUGAUGCCUACUGUGUCACUAGUAUGUCUCAGUUGGUUUGGGUUACUGUAAUAGUGUCACACACUAGGUGACUUAUAAACCACUCAGAUUCAUUUCUCACAGUUCUAGAGGUUUGGAAUUAGGGUGCUGCAUGUUCACCUUCUGAUGAGGGCCCUCUUCCAUUUUGCAGAUUGCGGAAUUCUUGUUGAACCCUCCCACAGUGGAAAGAACAAAUAGGCUCCUCCGGACACCUUUUUAGAAGGACACCAAUCCCAUGUCUGAAGGCUCUGCCCUUGUGAUAUGAUUACCUCUCAAGGCAGGAAGACCUUCUAAUAGCCUUGGGGUUUAGGGAUCCAGCAUAUGAGUGGAGAGGAGGGGUACAGAUAUUAAGACUAUAGCAGGGUAAAAAGAUCUGGGAACACUGACCAAAGUAUACUAGUAAUUAAACUAUUUUGCAGUUUUGCACUUAUCAGAAAUGAUGCAAAUUUUGCAUUCUACUAUGUAAUAUAUAUAUUCAUGCUGGUGUGUGUGUAAAUUCUCCUUGAGUGGAAUUGUGCUUGUGGAGGAAAGACCAUGUUAUUCACUGUGGCUUGCACCUGGCAUGACUGGGAAUCCAUAGCUCUGGAUUUGAGAAAUCUGGAUAUUAGCUGCUUAUUGCCAUGAAAUAUGAUAACAGAUGGAGGCUACAACCCUACAGGUAUAACACCCAGAGCAUAUCUGUGAUGUUGUGUCUUAUAAGAAGAAAUAUAUAUUGUGUCUUCAUGCUCAUUCCUGGCACAGAACUUCUACCAACCUUGGAAUCUCCACAGGGUGUCUUAGUAUGCCAAUGAGGUGACAGGUGGCUCUUGGAUAGGCUCAGGAUGGGAACUGGCUGCUGGAGGAAUGGCUAUGUGAUUAGAAGAUUGAAACUUUCAGCCCUAUCCUCAGACCUCCUGGGAAUAGAGAGAGGCUGACCAUUGAGUUGGUCACUAUGGCCAAUAAAGUAAUCAAUCAUGCAAACAUAAUGAAGCUGCCACAACACCCUCCAAAGAACAGGGUUCUGAGUGCUCUAACACAUGGGAGGUGGCAUCAGCAGAGGAGGCAUGGAAGGUCCCCUAUCCCUUCUGCCCACACCUUGCUCUCUGCAUCGCUUCCAUUUAGCUGCACCUGAGUGCCUUUUAUAUGAAACAAAUAAUAGAAACUCCAGCCCUUUCAUGAGAUCUGGGAGCCUCUAUAGCAAAUAAUUGAACCUGAGAAAGGGCUCAUGAGAAACUGAUUUGUAGGAGAGAGAUAGAGAUAGAGAUAGAGAGAUGAGAGAGAGAGAGAGAGAGAGAGAGAGAGAGAGA